ACAUGCCAGACGAUGCACUGAGGGUGGUUUGCAAUAAAGACCACCCGCUAUGCAGUGCUGGUGCUCGGUGCACUGCUUGUAGGUUUUUGUGUGGUAGGACAGACUGAGUGCAGAUAUCAGGAAGCUGAAGAAAAGAGAGCUGUGAAAAGCAGACAGACAGGAGGCCACGGUUCCCCCUCACACACACACACACACACCACCACCACGGCCUUGAUGGUGAUGUAUGCAAGGAAACCAACAAGAGUCAGCGAUGGGUGCAACGACAGAAGGGAUUCGCAAUCCUAUCAGACCCAUAAAUCUCAGCCAAAGAGCCAGUCCAGCAGCCUUCACUGCUAUGACAAAGUGCGCGAUGGCUCAUCAGACCCCACACCCCCUUACAAGAUGCUGCGACGCUCCGACGAAAGUCCUGGCAGCAGGCAGGGAGACGGCACAGGACAUGGCAAGGCCAAAACCUCUCACGCCGUUAGAGGAAAAAAUGGGACCAGCAGCUCUCCUCAGGAGAACUCUCACAGCAACAGCUCCCACCAUGGCUCUGACUCGCAUGCGACUCAGAGCAAGCCUGCGGACAGGCACCAGGACCCAGCAGAUGACUGGACAGAACACAUCAGCUCCUCUGGGAAGAAGUACUACUACAACUGUAGAACUGAGGUCUCCCAGUGGGAGAAGCCCAAGGACCUGUUGGAAAGGGAACAACGACCGAAAGACCCAGUCAAGAUGGCGGCGAAUAGUUUCCCCAGGGACAUGGACUAUAGACAAGAGGCCUUGCAGGACAAAGCCUCAACUAAGACAACAUCAGGGGACCAGUCCACAGCAUCCAACUCCGGCCAUUCCUCCUCUUCCUCCUCUUCUCAGAGCCUGAACUCUGCUCCUGGUGCUUUGGGUUCCACCCCCUCGGCCAUGUCCUCCUCCUCUUCGGGGCAGGGGCCACAGUCUGUCCAGUCCCCGUCACCAGCACUGCUGCAGGACCCAGCCCUCCUGCAUCAGCUGCUCCCAGCGCUGCAGGCCACUCUGCAGAUGAACAACGGCAGCAUGGACAUGGCCAAACUCAAUGAAGUCUUGGCAGCUGCUGUCACCCAAGCUUCCUUGCGGUCUGUGCUUCAUAAGCUCCUCAGUGCUGGACCUGCUUUCAACAUCACUGCUCUGCUCUCAGCUGCUCAGCACUCCAACCAAGCCCAGCACUCCAGUCAGUCCCCCGUCUCCCUGACGUCAGACGCAUCAUCGCCGCGGCCGUACGUCUCACCACGCAACGGCACGCCACAGAGCAACCAGAAAUCCCUUCUUGGCGUGCACCCUGGCAGCAUCGCAUCCUCACAAACAAGGGGCAGCAUGUCUUCAGGUAAACAAGGAUCAGUCCCCCUGUCUCAGACCGCAGAGAAGCGUCCAGAGGACCCCAGAACUCUCCAGCAGAGAAGCCAGGAGAUGCUGUGCACGGGAUCAAACAUAGCUGGUGCUGCGCUGCCCCAUGUCCCCUCAGGCAGCACCAGCCAAUCCCAGGGCGACAACCCCGGCUCAUUCACCCCGACCCUUGCAACUCAUUUUGAUGAGAGCCUCAUCAGACAUAUCCAAGGAUGGCCUUCAGAGAACACUGAGAAACAGGCGGCUCGGUUGCACGAGGACCUCCACAACAUGGGCAGCUUGUACAUGUCUGAGAUCUGCACAGAGAUGAAAAACCUCCGCUCCCUGGUCCGAGUCUGUGAAAUCCAAGCCACACUGAGGGAACAGAGAAUCUUGUUUCUGAGGCAGCAGAGCAAAGAGCUGGACAAGCUGAAGAACCAAAACUCCUACAUGGUGUGAGGACCUGACCAGAGAAGAAAGGACUGGGAUGGAUGGAUUGAAGUAAUGAUUGAAAAAGAGGAAUAGACUUAGACAGCAAGCUGCCGCAGCCCGUUUACUCUCCCCACCUGAGUAACUGAGAAAAGCUGUUAGACAAAUAAGGUGGCGGCUGGCAAGGUGAAGCUCGAUAAUCCCGAACAUGUCCUUUUUUUUCUUUUCUUUUCUUUUUAAAAUAAAAAAAAUCUUUUUUCCAGUGUCCAGCACAGUAAUUGCUUUCACUGAAAGGUGAAACUGCCGCUUCACAGAGUCGGACCUUUUAACCAGUGGACAUAGAGGACCUGAGGCUCUUUCCAUACAGCACCUUUUCGGACUGUGAAUCUUGGAUUGUGUGUAUUGUAUUGGGUUAACUUGUUUUCUGGUGUGUUUGAUGUGUAGUGGUCAGGAAAAGAUUACAAUUCAUUUUGGGAUAAUGAAUUCAAACCAUCUCAUAAUUGGUGUGACACCGUUUUGGGGUUGCUCCCCAAUCUUCUGAAAUGGACUUAGUCAUGCAUUGAAAUGUAUGGAUUCAAUGGCAGUGAUGUUACUAAUGUUAUUUUUAAUUCACUAUACUUGUCUGUGGUUUAGCCAUCUCAGUGUGUCUUCAAGCUGGUUGGUUUUACAUGAGAUUAGCGAAGAGUCUUUUUUUGGCCAGACCUUUCUGAAAAUACUUAAAUGUGCUUCAGCUAUUUUGUCCCAAUUGAUGGGAACUGAUCCGUGUCAUGGUUCCAGUGGUACAGAUUCACUGGGAUGUUAUGGCUAGUUAUGUCAAAUACACUCCGAUGUUUAAAAGCCAUUUUGGGGUAAAAAGGCCUACAUUUUUGGACCUAGGUUGGCUGCUAGUACAUUUAAUGGUUGCAUUCAUUGUUAGCCCUGCUGGCUGUUUUUCUUAUCCCUUCUGCUAUUUGUCUUUCUUUUGUAUAAUUGUUAUCCUUUUGUUUCUCUCCCAAGUCCACUUGGAGGAAAUAUUUCAUUCCUUUUGUGCAGUUUAGCAAGAGAUUAUGUAAACAAAUAGAAAAGCGACUAAAUCGACAGUCAUGUAAAGCUAAAUUAUUGUUGCACAUGAUUGAUUACGUCCUUGUAGGCAAAAUGGAAAAGAUCAAUGAAAAGAAGUUUAUUUUUUCAAAAUGGAAACUUAUGCUUCGUUUAAUCUGUUUCUGUUCAGCUGUCCCAGCUGCAGCCCUUUUUAUCAACUGACUGGAGCCAGAUUUUGCUACUUUU